AGAAGGAAGAAAAGGGCCAAAAGGAAGGGAAAUGGGAACGAGAGAUCGGGAGAGAGAUAGGGAGCUGCUUAUCCCAGUUGCAACAAUCUCUGAAAAUGGAGUCUCCAAAUCCUCCGCCCCUACUGCUGCUCCUACCAUGGCCUCCUCCCAUGGCCGGGAGGCAUUUUUAAAAGUAAUCCGCAGCUGGGCUUCUAAAAAGUUUAUGACAGGAUGUGUCAUACUUCUUCCACUGGCCAUUACAUUCUAUAUUACUUGGGGUUUCGUUCAUUUCGUUGAUGGAUUUUUCUCCCCGGUCUAUAAUCAGCUAGGCAUCAAUGUUUUUGGUCUAGGAUUUGCUACCUCCAUCACUUUUAUCUUUUUAGUAGGCGUUUUCAUGUCAUCAUGGUGGGGAGCUUCAGUUCUUACCCUUGGUGAAUGGUUCAUCAAGAAGAUGCCGCUAGUGAGCUAUAUUUAUGCUGCCUCAAAGCAAAUAAGUGCUGCAAUAUCACCAGAUCAGAAUUCUAAUGCUUUCAAAGAAGUGGCGAUCAUAAGGCACCCCCGAGUGGGCCAAUAUAUGUUUGGAUUUAUUACUUCUACAGUUAUUCUUCAGAAGGGUGUAGGUGAAGAGGAACUAUGCUGUGUUUAUGUUCCCACAAACCAUCUCUAUCUCGGUGAUAUAUUUCUGAUUAGUUCAAGGGAUAUUUUGAGGCCCAAUUUAUCAGUUCGAGAAGGGAUCGAAAUUGUUAUCUCUGGUGGCAUGUCUGUGCCUAAAAUAUUUAACACAGUGGAUCCAUCAGGCAUUCCAGCAACAAGAAUUGUCAAUUUUGAAGCAUCAGUAUGA